AUGUUGAUCUUCGCUACAGACCCCUUUCCAUGGGAUAUGAACAAAAUUCUCAUUGCGUGUAAGCAGUCAAGCGGUGGGAGUGAUGCCACUCCGAUUCUCCUUGCUCCUAAUCCUUACAAAUCAUUUUUUUUGUUUGGUCUCUGCGAUCCGUCUAGGGUUUCCUUUCACAAGAUGAUGCAACCAGGAAACGGCAUGGCACCGGUACCAAUGGCUCCGAUGCAGCCGCCACCACAACAACAGCAGUACCAACAAGCACCACCGCAACAGCAGUGGAUGAUGCCCCCACCGGCUCAACAACAGCACCAACAACCACUGCCGCCCCAUAUGUGGGCCCAGCAACAGGCACCGCCUCAGCAGCAGCAACAAGCACAACAUAUGAUGCAAGCAAAUCAGCAGUCGCAGCAGUAUUCUUCUGCUCCGGCGAGUUCCGAUGAGAUUCGGUCUCUUUGGAUCGGAGACUUGCAGUAUUGGAUGGAUGAAACAUAUGUUACUAAUUGCUUCUACAACACCGGAGAGGUUCUCACGGUGAAGAUUAUUCGAAACAAACAAACUGGACAACCUGAAGGCUAUGGUUUUAUUGAGUUCAGGAGUCGUGCUGGUGCAGAAAAUGCUUUACAGACCUACAAUGGGACGCUGAUGCCAUCUGCUGAGCAGAAUUUUCGCCUUAACUGGGCAACUCUUGGUGCUGGUGAGAGACGCAAUGAUGACACUCCUGACUACACAAUCUUUGUUGGAGAUCUUGCUGCUGAUGUUUCGGAUUACAUAUUGCAAGAAACGUUCAAAACUGUUUACCCGUCAGUCAAGGGAGCGAAAGUUGUCACUGAUAGAACUACUGGACGCUCUAAAGGAUAUGGUUUUGUUAGAUUUGGAGAGGAGAGUGAGCAAGUUCGUGCCAUGUCUGAAAUGAAUGGUGUUUUAUGUUCAUCCAGGCCAAUGCGUAUUGGCCCUGCAGCUACCAAGAGUGGUGGUGGAGGUGGUGGUGGUGGUGGUGCAGGUGGUGGAGGUGGUAUGCAGAAAGGUACGUUUUCGAAUGCUUUAGAAUUAUUAUUCCUGACCCAGAGAGGCUCUCAUUUUUGGGUGCCUGGAACUGAUUUCAGCCGAAUUGAUUCCACUUUAUUGCAGUGGCCUUGUUUAGCCCCUUACCAAAGUGCUCAAGGAAGUCAGGGAGAGAGCGACCCAAACAACACAACUAUAUUUGUUGGUGGUUUGGAUCCAAGUGUUUCUGAUGAAACCCUAAGGGGGGUAUUUGGUCAAUUUGGUGAACUAAUUCAUGUUAAGAUUCCCGUAGGCAAGCGAUGUGGAUUUGUUCAAUUUGCCAACAGAGGGUGUGCAGAACAAGCUUUGUCGAUUCUAAAUGGAACUGAAUUAGGAGGCCAAAAUAUCCGGCUUUCUUGGGGUCGUAGUCCUUCAAGCAAACAGGGGCAAUCGGAGCAGCCACAUUAUGGUGGUGGAGGUGGCGGUGGUGGUGGUGGUGCUUACUAUGGAUAUGCUCAAGGGUAUGAGGCGUAUGGGUAUGCUCCUCCGCCUCAAGAUCCAAAUGCUUAUUAUGGAGUCUAUGCAGGGGCUGCAGGGUAUGGUGGUUACCAACAACCACAGCAGUGAUGAUUAGCAUUGAAGGUUGGGGGUGUGAGUUGUUAUAUGAAGUUGGUCAAGUCUGUACUAUAUAUGGUGCGUGGAGUUUGAUAUAUGUGCCCAAGAGAAACAAACAUCUCCUAUUGUGGAUGUUACUUUUUUUUUUUUUUUUUUAUCCUUUUUU